AUGGAGACGGAAAAUCAAUCGAAGAUCGAUGAGAUUAACAUGAAACGUUUGAAUGAUGCCAAUCGACUCUACCGGAAAUGUAUUUCAGAAAAAUGUCCAUCUUUGAUGAAAAGAACUUCACGUCAUAGAAAAAAAAUUCAAAAAUUUACAUCAAAAAAACAUCAAAACAGAGUUCUCGUAAAAAUUUGGAAGGAAAAAGGAAUUGAACGUAAAAUUCGAUUUUACAAUGACACAUUAAACAAAUUGGAAAAAGGAAUAAAAGUCGCAAGUGCAAAACCUUACAUUGUGGACAAUGAAAAUCACUUUAAAGCGAUUGAAAGUUAUUGCAACAAAAUGCAAGACAUGGAAAAAGAAAUCGAGAAGACAAAGGAUGAAAUUAAUCAUCUCAAAUCACAGUUGGUUCGAGUGAGUCGCAAGAUGGAUGAACUAAAUCAAGAGACAGAAUCUGAAGGUGAAAAUUCUCGACUUUUAUUCAAAUAA